UGUACAUACACAAGAGAGCCAUUAUUAGCGACCCAGAAACGUCACUGGUCUAAUGGCAAGUGAACCAUGAAUCGUGUUGCUCUUGGCAAGAUUUACAAUAUCGGUUACUGGAAGAGUCUGAAUAGGCACGAAGUGCGAAAUCAGAGAGCGGCGCAAACUCCCAGUAUUUAACUCAUCGAUCUCGAGACGCGCAUGCGCCGGAUUCACUUUAUUUUCGUUGUGCAGCCUCGAAACUGGCUGUGGUGUUUUCAAGAAAUUUGGAGUUCGUGAUGCGCGUCUAUUAUUAGUCGGUUCCGAGUGAGAUUGCUUUCCCGUCGAGAUAUCACCAGGAAGCUGACGUGAGUGAUGUCGGGUUUCGUCAACACCUGCAGCACGGCGUCGCCGUCGAUGUCUAAGGCGGAUGACAAUCUCAGUAAUAGUGACAGGCCAUUGAUAAAGCAGAGCUUUUAUCAGAAUAACAAUAUCGUAAGAACUGAAAAAAGAGGAAUCCUUAAGAACAAUUCUAACAUGUCACGAGAUGAUAAUAUCAUCGAGUCAAACAGGAAGCGUUAUUGCCUAUGGAUGUUGACAUUUGUUUUGGCAGCGAUGGGAUUUUGUAAUUUAUUAUUGAGUAUUACGAUUAUUGCAGUUUUGAGGGUGAGUCAGGGUAUGGAAGCUAUGGAAGUUAUUCCGGAUGAGAAUCUGAUAAAAUUCUAUGGACGCACAGACCUGGACAAAGUGUGUCUGCAAGCUGGAGUUUGCCAAGGAUACGGGGACGAACCAAUGGAGUUAUCGGGUGACGAUGCCGGCGUACAAAUAAAUUUAAAAAAUCGACGUGACAAAUUGAUUUCAAGUAUUAAAGUCCUGGCUAAUGGGACAACAAUAUCCCAGGUGGAGUCUUUUGAGAUAAAAGAUCCUCAGACAGGGUCUUCGUACUUCUCUACGGACUUUCCAAACUUUGGUUUACCAUCCGGAGUCAGGAAGAUUGACAUCGACAUCGCUGUCACUCAUAGGAUAACAUCGCCGAUUAAUGAGAGUCUCACUAUAAAAUCUGAUGGACAGAUUUCCAUGAGCGGUGGCGAAGGAAACAGGAUGGAAGGCAAGGAAAUUGUUUGGACGGCCGACAAGGACAUCUUCCUCAAGAGCCUCAAUGGAAAUAUCAUCCUGAGCGCCAAGGAAGGCAUUUCCAUAGACAUCAAGAGCAUUCCCAUAGUAUCAUCUUCCAUUUUGAAACGUGUUGAAAGUGGACAGUACAAAGUAUGUGUUUGUAUGCCCCAGGGUAAGCUGUUUCGUGUUCCUGUUCCACCAGGUAUUAACAUUCAUGUGAAUUGUGCGCGCGUGAGCAUGACGCCCGAGAAUAAUCCCUGCAUAUAAAGGACUUUUUUUUAAAACAGGGAAUAAUACAAAUAAUAAUCACUGCAGUGUUUUAGAAUUAGAAGUUUUUAUUUUUCGUACGAAACUGUAGACUUCCAAAUUUUAGUGAUUCCUGUAUAGUAUGGUUGGGUAGGAUAGAUGAAGGGGGUUCUAAUCGUCGAUCUCCAUUUUGAUAAGGGGUACUGCAAUUCCACCGACACUCACAAAUUCAAUGUUUCCUAGGUACUCGACAAUAUGGAUCGAACUGUAAACUGAAAUAAAUAUCAAAUCUCCUUGUAAA